CUAAUUAAACGGAUUACGCCAAGGAAUCAGCAUUGCAUCCUCCGAAAACACGACUUAUUUUGGUCUUGUAAAUCACUGCUAAAAGUAAAAAGCCUGGCAAAUGUUCCGUUAAAUAAAUGCACCACCCAACAUUCUAAGCUGCCCUAACAGCAGGACGUUGGUAUUCUUCCUACACUCUUUUGGAUAGUCAUUCACUUCAGCGACAAUGCUUUUCUCAAGUCGCUUCACUUUUGCCCUCGGGGCUUUACUCUCUUUUAUCACCAACGCCAGCGCCGCCUCUGGCGAAGGCAGCUUCCCUGAUUUCAUUUCAACAUGGCCUCUCUUCCGAAGAUGGGAGGAUAUCACCAGCACCAUCCCCGUCUUUGACGUCCCCAGCAUGGAUGGCCUCAUUGUCGGCGACUGGGUCAACUCUGAGAAGAAGCUGACCUGGGAGUGCUACACGCUCAACAAAGACAGCACUGUCGCUACUAGCUUGACAGUCCUCAUCGACAAAGCUACCUUGACCUGGACAGACUCUGAGAAUCAGCAGCAGCAGGAGACUGUCGUCAGUAAGCGCAGUGGUAUCAAAUCUGGCGAUGGUAACGCUAUUAUGUACGGCGCUCGUCUGCAGAAGGGUCUUGACCAUCCCAAUAUUCUUCCUAUUCACCACAUCGUUUACGGCAAGGGUGGUGUGAAGGACUACGGUUUUGCCAUCAUGCCUUAUGUCCAGGAGGGCUCCGUGGCUGAUAACCUCGGCAGCCUUGCUGAUGUGAACGGCGCUUUCAAACAGAUGCUCAGCGCCGUUGCUGCUGUCUCCGCCGCGGGCAUCAUCCAUCGGGAUCUCAAGCCUGAGAACUUCCUCAAGGAUGGAGAUACCAUUAAGCUUAUGGACUUUGACCAGUCGCGAGACAUUGGCACUACUGUCCAGAUGGAUGUCGGCACUCCCUCAUACACUGCCCCAGAAAUCAUCAUUGGCAGAGACUAUACCACCAAGGCCGACACUUUCUCCCUCGCCAUGAGUUUCCUUGUCAUGUCUGUUCCUGACCUGCGAAACUCUGAUGACCGAUUCCAGCUGUGGAAGGAUCUCAUUGAGCCUCCUAACACUAGCUACGAGCGUGUCACAGCUGAUAAGACUGAGGGAAUCCUCAGAGGGAGGAACUAUGGUGUUUUCAACGGUAACGAUGGUCUUCUCAAGGUCAUUGCCAAGGCUAUGUGCAGCGAGAGUGAAGGACGCUAUACUCCUGCAGAAUUCGAGACGGCUUUUAACGGAGCUACAUAAUUAUUAGGUUUAUCAUCAGGAGAGGCGAGGAAAUUAAUAUCUUGGGUCAAGAUAGUUGAGACA